AUGAUGGACACGUAUGAAAAGCAAUAUAAAAUCCCCGAGGAUAUUUGUGCGUCGGCCUCCAGACCGGAUAUAUUUUUGUUUUCGCGAAUUCUAAAGCGCGUAGUGAUGAUAGAGCUUACGGUCCCUUGGGAAACCAACAUCCCCAAAGACCAUACCAUCAAGGUCAACAAAUAUUACGAGCUCACAAACGAACUCACUCGAAAUAGGUUCGUAGUAGAUUUGUACGCGGUAGAGGUGGGAGCGAGAGGUAUAACAGCGAAAUCUCUCUACAACCUACUAAAGGACUUGGGCUUGUCCAGAACUCACAUAAAUGCAUUCUUGGAACGUAUAUCGAAGGCAGCCCUAGUAGGUUCUUUUCAAAUUUGGUUAGGUAGGGAGAGGAGCUUGGACAGUGGAGUCCGAGAGGGGGGGCGGAAGAUCUGUCCACCGGUCGAUUUUAACGGCGAAAAUGGCGCGAAUACGGACUUGAAAUGCUCUACGUGCGGGAAAAUUUACAAGAGACGAGCCUGGUACAUUAAACAUCUCAAAACACAUAAUGGUGUUGAAGCACGACAGUCGUCGGUAAGAUCUCCAACUAUCACUUCGGAUAGAGUUGACCCUCACGUAUCCCAUGGUGAACCAUUAACUGGAAACCACCAGGAGUCCAUUAACAUCAGGACACGUCUUAGCAUUCCUAAUGUAAAACAAUCGACUUGGAAAGUUCAUGACGACAACUUAGCGGUCCUGUUAGAGCAUCCGGGCUCGAAGCAGGAAUUAAACUCGCAGAAAGAACGCGGACAGCUUCUCUUGACCAACGAUCAAAUUUACGACCAUUUUAAGAGCACAUACGAAGUGCCUAAAAGUUUAAGACGGUAUAGGGAUCCAAACGAUCAAAAACCUGAAUUUCCUCGAAUCGAAUUCCACGGCAUUCCACCAACGCUAGAGGAACUAAAUAGUCAGAUCAAGAGGAAGUCGUCUAAAUCUGCACCGGGACCCGAUGGUAUCCCAUAUAUAGUCUUUAAAAAAUGUCCAUCGGUUCGUAAACACCUCCUAAAUAUAUACGGUAAAAUCUGGUCAGGGAAGCAAAUCCCGGAGUGCUUCGGGAAAGCAAUUUUUGUCCUCAUUCCCAAAAAAGAUAUAGUUACUGAUCCGAAAGAUACUAGACCGAUAGCUUUAACAAAUACUAUAUCGAAAAUCUUUUUCUCGGUUCUACAAACGAGAAUGACGCGAUUCAUGCUCAGCAACAACUAUUUUAGGCCAAAUCACCAGAAAGGGUUUUUACCCGGGAUUUCUGGAUGCCUAGAACACAACACCUUGCUGUCGGAGAGUUUGAAAGAUGCUAGAAAAAGCGAGCGGCAAAUCACUGUUUGUUGGAUAGACUUGGAGAACGCGUUCGGGUCGAUACAACACGAAUUGAUGCUAUUCGCGCUUAGAUGGUACAACUUUCCACCCCUAGUUAGAGAUAUGAUCGCGUCGUAUUACUCAAAAUUAAGGUUUUCUAUAAUAACUAAAGAAGGCCCUUCAAAAAGUUUGAGUUAUAAUGUAGGACUGUUUCAAGGUUGUUGUCUAUCUCCAAUUACGUUUAAUAUCGUUAUUAACAUCUUAGUAGAUAAAUUAAUCUGUAACGAGAAAAAAUGGGGUUAUCGGUUUAAGUUUAAUAAUAAAUACACGGAAUCCAUUUUAGCCUUCGCUGACGAUCUCGCAAUACUGACACGUAACCCCAAACACUGUCAAGUACUAUUGGAUGAAGUGGAUAAAUUCUGUGAAUGGACGGAUGGAUUGAGGACAAAACCCAGUAAAUGUCAUUGUCUGUGUCUUGGUAGGCGGAAUACAAGAUACACCUCAUACGAUCCGGGACUAUCGUUAGGCGGUCAAUACAUUUCUACGGUUACGGAAAAUGCACCAUUUAAAUUUCUCGGUCGUAAGAUUGAUAAUAUAGGCCGUACUCCAUCUUUAGAAGGAAUAGUAGAUAGCUUUUUGAACGAUCUUAACAAGGUAGAUAGCCAACUGAUAAGUAACGUCAAAAAAGCGUGGAUCUACGAGAAUUACUUAACUUCACGUUUGAAUUGGCCUUUCCUCGUCUAUGAUUUUAAUAAAACCCUUUUGUCAAAGUUAGAUGCAGGCGUCAUAAAGAUGUUGAAGUUGUGGCUCGGGCUCGCUCUAACGGCUGAUUCAUCGGCGUUAUUUAGGGGAAGCAAUAGUUUUGGAUGA